AUGCUUUGUCCUCAAUGCAAUUCAACGCUAGUUUUAAAACAAAUUAAUUUCACGGAAGCAGUCUACAUAUGUAUAAAUCAAUCGUGCAGUUAUCCCACUAAAAAUAGUCAGUGCUAUGUAGUCCAAAGAAAGUUAGUAGAUUUAAAGAAAUUUAAUAAAAAUGCCAAACAACAAAACGUUGCAGCAACUCCUCCUCACGAUGGUAAUAAGGACCAAGAUUUCGAUAUAGAUUCGCUAAUUUCAAGCGCUUUAAUGAAUUUAGAUUCCAGUUCGACUCUAGAACAAAACGUAAAUGAUAAUUGUUUACCGGAAUUGAAAAAUGAUAAUUUAGGUAUAUAUGAUAAGAAUGUGAGUGAUGAGAUUGACUUAGAAGAAAUAUUCAACAGCUUGGAUAACAGCUAG